GAGCGAGUACCAGUUCUGUCGGAACACAGCGCGAAACGAGGGGCAGAAGGAAAAGAUCUUUAAAAGUCCCGUGUAGCUAUCGGUGUGGUAGAUCCAUCAUAGUCGUCGGCACAGGAACCAGACCACUAGGGGGAAAAUCUGCUCAAGUUCUGUAGAUUCGGGAACGAUUGUGUGACGUGUAAAAAAUGUGACGAAAUCUGGUGCAAACAGCCAAAUAUCCGUGUUGAUUUAGUGAUAAGCUAGUGGGAAUCUGUGUCGUUUGUGGAAGUUACGUACUGUCCGGUGAAGAAUCGGGAAUCCAAAGCUGGAAAAUUGCCACGGCCUAGAAAAAAAUUUUCCACACCGUGUCGUCAUACAUCCGAGACGGUCUUCUAGCAGUGCCUGCCACACACAAGAUAUAGGUGGAAAAAGAGAAAAAGCGAAGGAAAUCUCUAGAGUGAAGUGGACCUCUUUUCGUGGAACGGAUUCCUCAGUUCGAGUUCGAGUCGGUCGUCGGUGCCAGAAGAAGAGUCAGUCAGUGCGAACCUAGUGUGUGCUAGUGUGAGGUGCGAGAAUUGGAACGCUAUUGGGCGAAACGGGGAAAAAGAAGCCAUUGGGCAGCUGCGACUACACUAGAAGAGCACAGUGCGCCGCGCCAGGAGGGAAGAAUCGAGGACAGUUAGGUCUCGAGUUCGUGGCGCUCCGAUUUUUUUUAUCUAAUUACGAGCUAGUUCCCAACAGCCGAGUGUGUGUGUUUUAAUACGCGCGGUGGCGGUGAAGUGAAAUAGACGUGAAAAUCUUGAGUCAUCGUUUUUCCAAGCUCAUCUCCCCCAAACCAAUCUCGCGCGCGCAAGUGUUUUCAGGAAAUUUGAUCUUACCAACGAUGCCUCCAUCUUACUGCUGCGUCCCCGGAUGUUCCAACAGCCGAAGCCCUACGUGCAGUCUGUACUGCUUUCCCAAGGAUGAUGCUGUGUGCAAGCAAUGGGUUGACUUUUGCAACCGGCCCGAGCUGUGGAAAAAAUACGAGGAAAACGGCCCCGAGUAUCUGUACAAGAGUUCUCGGAUCUGUUCCGAUCACUUUCAGCCGGCCGACUUCAACAAUCCCAAUCUGUUCAGUCAAGGGUUAAAAAAAGGUUCGGUGCCUACACUGUACCCGGCCAGUAAAGAACCAAAGAGUCGCUAUAGCAUCGCAGGCGGCGGAAUCGGUGCCAUCAGCGGAAUCGGAUUUGCUGCUAUUGCUGGUGGUGGUAGCAAUGGUAAUAAUUCGCCACCCAACACCAGCAACGACAAUGAUUCAUCAUCGCUCAUCAUACCAAUGACAACGAAGCGACCGUUGCUGUCGCAGCCUUCAACGCAGCAGCCCGUUGCCAAGCGAAGAUCACUUCCACCUGCCCUCAGCUCCACCCUAGCCGCCUCCAACAACAGCCAUGCCGCCGCCGUCAGUGGCGUACUGGCCGGGCUGAUCCAGCGGCAGCAGCUGAAAGAACAACAACGGAAGGCAUUCGUGGCUGCCCUGCAGCUCCAACAGCGACACCAACAGCAGCAGCAACAACAGCAACAACAACAGCAGCAGGUACAACCGAACCCACAGCGAUCGUUGCUGGCCUCGCUAAAGCAAAAACCAAAUAACAACAACAAUAACAACAACCACAUCAGCACCAAUAACAAUAAUAACAACAACAGUACCAGCAUCGCCAAACUUGCAGCUGCCGCCUUGCAGGAAAGGCUCGAGGAUGAACGGGGGUACGGCAUCAACUACGUGGACAUGGAUGGAGGAGAUUCAUCCGAAUACGACUCCAGCUACCAAAACGCAGUGGAGGAAGAACUGGCCGCCUACAAACAGCUCCAGCAAAUGAAGGCCAUCAAGGCUGCGGCCGCCGUAAUCCCGGCAUCGCUCAAAUCGGAACUCACGGUGACCCCGGCCGUUAACCACAACAACAACAACAAAACCAGCAGUUUCAACCGGAUCAGCACCGGUAGCACCAGCAGCAGUAGCAGUGCGAGCCCUCCGAGUUCGUCCGCCGCAGCCGCCGCCGCCGCAACGAACGGUACCAUCAACUACAAGGAGAAGUACGAGCAAUCCCUCAAGGAGCUGUUCGCCUGCCGCAAGAUAGUCAAGAACCAGAACAAUGCCAUCAAACAGCUCCAGGGAGAGAUAGACUUCCUCAAUCAGCUGCUCAAGGAGAAAUGAUCUCGUUCCGGGGGAAAGGUCCGAAUCGCGGACAGUCGGGUGCCAAGAGUUUGCUCUUACGACCUACGCUAGGAGGCGUGCGUGUAAGGUGUAAGUCGUUCCGUGUGCUGUUCGGCCAUGAUGGUCUCAACCAUCGUGGCCUCAAUUACGUUUCUCUUUUUUACAUAGUCUAGAACUGAGAAAAGCUUUUAUUAAGUCAUCAUCGGAGGUAGUACAAGGAGAGGAAGCAAGUCCUGUUAGAAGAUAGUUUUUAGGGUUGAUUUAGUCGUAUAAUUAUAUUUACCACAAAAUAACAUACGGAGUGGACAUAUUUUGAACUGUUCUGCUCCGCGUUUGUAGUGCCAGAUGAAAUAAUAAAAAAUAUCCGGGUAAUUUUCCUUGGAAGCCAGUCGCCAUUUUAUUCUUGUUCUUGAGUUAGAUUUGUAUAGUCAAUCUUAUUUGCUAAAAGUGAUGCAUCAUAGGCAAAAGCUAUGAGAAUCACAAGGUCGACAUUGAUGAUUGAAUAAUUAGGUUUUCCAAAGCGCCAUAAAACCGAAAUGAAGCUUACAGUAUAUUGCAUGACUAUCUUGCAACAUGAUAGCUAUACAAUAUAUUAUAAGACUGCUUAGUCACAACAUUCUUCGGGAUUUUGCAAGGAAAAUCAAACACGUUUAUCAUCGUUCAGCUUUUUAUCCAUCAUUUUGAGCAAAACUGCAUGGGUUUCGCCUAUAAUCUGAGAAAGUACAAGAGACAUCGGAACGUCGAAUAAAAAAAACAAUGUCCAAACGGCGACCUAGGUUUCCGUGAGAAUGACUCAAUCUGCGUUUCUGAAACGAAAAAACACCCAUCUUUUUCGUUUCUCCACGUCGAGACAUGCUAGUUAACCAGCAUCACUUCUACGCUAGUAAUAGUUACCAUCACGAAUGUUUGUAUUGCGUAAAAAGCUUUUUUGUCUUAUUCAGGAUAAUCCUAUUUAUUUAAUUUUUCCUGUGCGAGCGUACAUUCCAAUAGUGAACCAAAUUUGAGUGCAUGAAAUCUCCCGCAAGUUUUUCUCGAGAAAGCUGCAUAUUUCGUACUGUUAAGUUUUGGACAAGUAUAAAACUAUGCGCCAGUACUAAAUGAGCAAGUUCAUAAUCACGGAAUCGAAAUAAGUUUAUUUACUAUCCUUGUAAAAAAACAAAAACAUCCCGGGUGUGUGGCGAACAACAAAAGAUAAACGAAACACCUGGCUCUGGGUGGAAGCGAAACGCCGACCGCCCAGCUAUACGAAAACAUAAAACAGGAGAACAUUGCGCCUUUCAAACGAGUGUAGUCUGAAAAUCUAAUCAAAUGACAAACCGAUAGUAACCAUACGUUUAUAUAUGUAUUAUUAAGAGAGCUCUGACAAAAAAGCGGUUUCGAGAGUUAGGAAAAAGAAACAAUGUGUUUGAUAUGUGUGUAAAAACUUUUUUCUUACUAAUCUUAUACACCUCCUAAAUGUGUAAAAGCAGCGUGAGCAAAAACACGUUAGUCAUAGAAUUGAAAACGAACGUUCGAUUCUAGUUGUUUGAUUGAAUUUUGCAAACACUUCAACACACAAAAACACACGAAAAAAAAAAGUAUAUUAAAGAUAGCUUAUAUUAUUAUACCCCUAUAUAUACAUAUUUAAGAAAACAAAAUGGGUGAAACCAAAUGAAUGAAAAAUGCCAGCAUUAGUUUAGGAUGAGUAUCGGACACAAAGGUAUGUCGCUGUUUGUCCGCUCAACAGGGACGACAUUAUAAAAUGGAACAAGUUAUCCUGAAGUGGUUCACAUAUACCUUUGUGCCAUACUCUAAGUGGAAAACAAUGGGGUGGGAACUGAACACAAGCAGAACAGGAUACGUUGUAGGUGUAGUUCUUUGCGAAGCGGCCACCUACAACAAGGAACAAAACCAAAUGGAACAACAAAAAAAAGAAAAAAACAUAUGGACAGUUGCUUUCUGUUGCCAAUAAAUUUUCAUCGGGAUAAUGUAGAUUCUAAA